UACGACUCUUUGGGUUCAAUAGAAGUGGAUUUUGAUCGUUAUUAUGGUGCUCAAACGGAGAGAUCCAAACGGAAUUUUAAUAUAAUGUAUCCUCAUGACAAGAUGCCAGUUGAAGUGAUUUAUGCUCUUGCCAUGAUCAAAGAAGCUGCGUGUUCAGUUAAUGCAAAUCGGCAAUUAAUUUCAAUGGAAAUUGCUUUAGCUAUUAAAAAAGCUUGUCAUGAAAUUUACAUAGGGAAAUUUGACGAUGAAUUUCCUCUGGUUAUUUGGCAAACUGGCUCCGGAACGCAUACUAACAUGAAUGUAAAUGAAGUUAUAGCUAACCGCGCGUCAGAAAUUAUUGGUGGAAGGCGUGGGGAAAAAAGUAUUGUUCAUCCAAAUGAUCAUGUGAACUGCAGUCAGAGUUCAAAUGAUUCUUUUCCAACAGCAAUGCAUAUCGCGAUUGCAAAGUCUUUAACUUUAUAUCUUCUUCCGUCACUAAAGCAUUUGAUUUCCUCCUUUAAUAGAAAAAUUAACGAAUUUGGGCAUAUUAUAAAGAUUGGCAGAACCCACAUGCAAGAUGCCGUGCCAAUUACUUUUGGACAAGAGUUUAGUGGUUAUGUGUCACAUAUAGAAUUUUGUGUGCAAUCCAUUCAACGCAUAUUACCAGUUAUUUGUGAGUUGGCAAUUGGAGGAACUGCAGUUGGGACUGGUCUAAAUUCUCCUUCUGGUUUUGAUCAGGAUAUGUGUGCUGAACUGAAUAAAUUAUUUAUGAAAUGCUUAUUGGUUAACAUUGUUUAA